CAUUCCCGCGGCACGCUGUUGCAGUACCCGCUUGUGUCCGCCAGAGGGCGCUCUGGUUCCGGUCUGUUGUUGGAAAAAUACCACCAGAUGGCGGCUUAGGAUUGCUGCUCUACCGAAAGGCGCGUUUCCGCUCGCGGUCCAAUUUCCAAUUAAAAACCUUUGCAGUUUUAAAAAAAAUAUUUUCUAAUUUUUCAACUGGAGAGAGUUAAACGCUACAGUAAUGGACGGGAAAGGUUAUUGUGGGAUAUGCCUAUCUUGAAGACACUGGUGUGCACAAGACGGUUUCUUUUUAGGUUCUUGCAAGAAAAUAAUAAAGAAUUUAGCACUCAUCAGAAGACUUCUUAAACGACAUUUUUUAAAGUUUCUGAAGUGAAAAGCUGCUAAGAAAAAAAAUGAUUACUUCAGAGCUACCGGUUUUACAGGACUCCACAAAUGAGCCGGGGCAGGCAGAGGCGGUUGCCGUCAGCGUCAGUGUGAGUGAACUGGAGGACGCCAGCGAGGUCAAGGGCAAGAGGAAGAGAGGGCGCCCUGGAAGGCCUCCGUCUGCCAACAAAAAGCCUCGGAAGACACCUGCUGAAAAGAACCAGUUAGCAGUAUCCAGAGGAGGGAGAAAAGCCAACGGUGUCCCCCAGCAGAACGGGGACAGUGAGCCGGUCACCCUGUUUGAGGUGGUGAAGAUGGGCAAGAGUGCCAUGCAGGCUGUAGUUGAUGACUGGAUUGAGUCCUACAAGCAGGACCGAGACAUAGCACUUCUGGAUCUGAUCAAUUUCUUUAUCCAGUGCUCUGGGUGUAAAGGCACUGUAAGAAUUGAGAUGUUCCGAAACAUGCAGAAUGCAGAGAUUAUCAGAAAAAUGACGGAAGAAUUUGAUGAGGACAGUGGUGAUUACCCACUCACUAUGCCAGGUCCUCAGUGGAAGAAAUUCAGAUCAAACUUUUGUGAAUUUAUUGGGGUGCUAAUUCGACAGUGUCAGUACAGUAUCAUUUAUGACGAGUAUAUGAUGGACACUGUUAUUUCCCUACUUACUGGGCUCUCAGACUCCCAGGUCAGAGCCUUUAGGCAUACCAGUACUCUGGCAGCUAUGAAGCUUAUGACUGCCCUUGUCAACGUGGCCUUGAAUCUGAGUAUCCACCAGGAUAACACACAAAGGCAGUACGAGGCAGAGAGAAACAAAAUUGUAGGAAAGCGAGCAAAUGAGAAAUUGGAGUUGCUUUUAGAAAAGCGUAAAGAGCUUCAAGAAAAUCAGGAUGAGAUUGAAAAUAUGAUGAACUCUAUUUUCAAGGGUAUUUUUGUUCACCGGUAUAGGGAUGCAAUUGCUGAAAUCAGAGCUAUUUGUAUAGAGGAAAUUGGUGUUUGGAUGAAGAUGUACAGUGAUGCCUUCCUUAAUGAUAGUUAUCUCAAAUAUGUUGGUUGGACUCUGCAUGACCGGCAAGGUGAAGUCAGGUUGAAGUGUUUGAAAGCUCUGCAAAAUCUCUACACCAACAGGGAGCUCUUUCCAAAACUGGAACUUUUCACAAACAGGUUUAAGGAUCGAAUUGUGUCCAUGACCCUUGAUAAAGAGUAUGAUGUAGCUGUAGAAGCCAUUCGAUUGGUGACUUUAGUAUUACAAGGGAGUGAGGAUGCCCUCUCCAAUGAGGACUGUGAAAAUGUGUACCAUCUGGUGUACUCGGCCCAUCGCCCAGUGGCGAUAGCAGCGGGAGAGUUCUUGCAUAGGAAGUUGUUCAGCCGUCAUGACCCCCAAGCAGAGGAGGCCUUAGCCAAGAGAAGAGGGAGAAAUAGCCCUAAUGGAAAUCUCAUUAGAAUGCUUGUACUGUUCUUCUUAGAAAGCGAGCUUCACGAGCAUGCAGCCUAUUUGGUGGAUAGCUUAUGGGAAAGCUCACAGGAACUGCUAAAGGACUGGGAGUGCAUGACUGAAUUACUGGUGGAGGAGGCUGUUCAAGGAGAGGAAGUAUUGUCAGACAGACAAGAAACUGCACUGAUAGAGCUAAUGAUGUGCACCAUUCGACAGGCAGCAGAGGCUCACCCUCCAGUUGGCAGAGGAACUGGAAAGAGAGUACUGACUGCCAAAGAAAGGAAAACACAGAUUGAUGACAAAAAUAAGUUAACAGAACACUUCAUUAUGGCACUUCCAAUGUUGCUUUCCAAGUAUCAAGCUGAUUCUGAGAAGGUGGCAAACCUAUUACAAAUCCCUCAAUAUUUCGACCUAGACAUCUAUAGUGCAGGGAGGAUGGAGAAGCACCUAGAUGCCCUGUUGAAACAAAUCAAGUUUGUGGUGGAAAAGCAAACUGAGACAGAUGUGUUGGAAGCCUGCAGUAAAACGUAUAGCAUUCUGUGCAGUGAGGAAUACACCAUCAUGAACAGAGUGGACAUUGCCCGCAGUCAGCUCAUAGACGAGCUGGUGGACAGGUUCAAUCAUUCAGUGGAGGAACUGCUGCAAGAGGGUGAAGAAGCAGAUGAUGAUGACAUUUAUAAUGUACUUUCAACUUUGAAACGACUAACAGCAUUCCAUAACGCACAUGAUCUUACCAAGUGGGAUAUGUUUGGAAAUUGCUACAGGUUGCUGAAGGCAGGUAUCGAACAGGGUUCGAUGCCAGAGCAAAUUGCAGUACAGGCCCUGCAGUGUUCUCACUACUCUAUUCUCUGGCAGCUUGUCACGAUUACAGAAGGAUCCCCAUCCAAGGAUGAUCUAAUUGCACUAAGAAAAGUUGUCAAGUCUUUCCUUGCUGUUUGCCAGCAAUGCUUAUCGAAUGUCAACACUCCAGUUAAAGAACAGGCCUUUAUGCUCCUCUGUGAUCUUCUGAUGAUAUUUAGCCACCAGUUGACGUCGGGAAGCAGGGAGGGAUUGCAAUCACUUGUGUUCAAUCCAGAUAAUCCGCUGCAGAAUGAACUCCUGAACUUUGUGAUGGAUCAUGUCUUCAUAGAUCAAGAUGACGAGAACCAAAGCAUGGAGGGGGAUGAAGAAGAUGAAGCUAAUAAGAUAGAAGCCCUACACAAGAGGAGAAACCUCUUGGCAGCGUUUAGCAAACUCAUUAUCUACGAUAUUGUUGACAUGCAUGCUGCUGCUGACAUCUUCAAACACUAUAUGAAGUACUACAACGAUUAUGGAGAUAUCAUCAAGGAAACGCUAAGUAAAACAAGGCAAACGGACAAGAUCCAGUGUGCCAAAACUCUCAUUCUCAGCUUGCAACAGCUCUUUAAUGAGCUUAUUCAGGAACAAGGACCUAAUCUGGACAGAACCUCCUCUCAUGUCAGUGGAAUUAAGGAGCUGGCUCGCAGAUUUGCACUUACUUUUGGUCUGGAUCAGAUCAAAACGAGGGAGGCUGUUGCAACCCUGCACAAGGAUGGUAUAGAGUUUGCCUUCAAAUAUCAAAACCCGAAAGGACCAGAAUUUCCUCCUCCGAAUCUUGCUUUCCUUGAAGUUCUCAGUGAGUUCUCUUCCAAACUCCUUCGUCAAGACAAGAAAACAGUACACUCUUAUCUGGAGAAGUUCAUGUCGGAGCAGAUGAUGGAGCGGCGGGAGGACGUGUGGCUGCCCCUCAUCUCCUACAGGAACUCUCUUCUUACUGGUGGCGACGAGGACAGGUUAUCUGUCACCAGCGGAAGCAGCAGCAGCAAAGCGACGUCGGUACGGAGUAAAAAAGGGCGACCUCCACUUCACAAGAAACGGAUAGAGGAGGAAAAUGUGGAAAGCUCCUGGAUAAUGAGAGACACUCUCCAGACCCCUGGAGCCCUGCAGACACCACAGCUCACCUCUACAGUUCUCCGGGAAAAUCCCCGGCAAGCAGCUGAACAUAUACCAGACCAAGACUCUGAGCCAGGCUCUGAAACAGACUAUGUACACAAUCAACAAAUGCAGAUGUCCUGGUUAGGUCAGCAGAAGCUGGAGGAUGUAAACCGGAAAGACAGAACGGGCAUGAACUACAUGAAAGCAAGAAGUGGUGGUGUCAGGCAAACUGUUCGAGGCCUCAUGGAGGAUGAUGCAGAGCCGAUCUUCGAAGAUGUGAUGAUGUCAUCACGUGGCCAGCUGGAGGACAUGAAUGAAGAGUUUGAAGACACCAUGGUCAUUGAUCUGCCUCCUUCAAGGAACAGACGGGAGAGGGCUGAAUUAAGACCAGAUUUCUUUGACUCUGCAGCUAUCAUAGAAGAUGAUUCAGGUUUUGGGAUGCCCAUGUUCUGAAAGAAAAAUUUCAAGACAAAGAAUGGAAAUGUGUGUGGAGCAAGGGGCCUUUAUACUGUGAUUGCUUGUUAUAUAACAUUCUAGAAUUGAUCUACUUUAUUUUGACAAAAAAAAAAAGAAAAAAAAAAAAAAGAAAAAAAAAGUCUGACCAGAAGACCACGCAAGAACUAUCAAAAGGAUUGUCACCCUUGUAGUGUACAGCAGUGGUACUUCCCCAACGAUGAAUGGCUUUCUUAAAAUUGUCAACAAAUGCAGGUGAUACUGCUGCUGGAGUGAUUUUUGGGGGGUAACCAAAAAACACAUUGCAGAAGUUUUUAACAUUAAAUAUAUAUAUAUAUAAUAAAUACAUACUGUACAUUUAAAAAAAAAAAAAAAAAAAACGUUAAUUUUGUUUGCUAAUGUCAAGUUUAGAUAGCAAUGCUGCAAUACUAGAUUAGAAACGAGACAUGUUUUUUAAAAUCGCACUGGAUUUGGUUAGCAUUGUGGUACGCUUUAAUUAUCCUGGAGUUAGAAACAAUCUCCUUGUUUCGCCAUGGUUUUUACAGAUGUAAAUGUUUGAUAAUUGUUACUGAUCAUUGGGUCACUAUCAUUCGGUGGUCUUUCAGAUUAUUCGGUCAGUUUUGUUUUCAUGUCGCCUUAUUAUUGUAUGCAUAUACAGGUUUACAAAUCUGCCCAUUAUUUAGCCAAAAACACUGGGUUCAGUAAGUUUGUGGAGUAAAAUGAUGGUUAAUUCAUGGGAAGACAAAUAAUAAAAUGCAGUUUGCUUCAUAAUUACCACAGUAAUAUGUGUCAUCUCAGUAAUAUAAUUUGGUCUAGCAAGUGAUUGGUGUCCACAGGAUUGAUUUUUAAGUAGUUUUCUUUAAGGGGCACACUGCAAUCGAUCUGCCACACACACAUUCUUAAUUUCGAAAAUCUUCUGGUAAAUGUUGUUUUCAGAUUGCAUCUGAAAACAACGAUCUCUUUAUAUCUUAGCUGCAACUUAUUAUGAUACACUUCUGAAGAGUCUGAAGGCACAAGUUUUAAAAUCUAUCGGUUUCUGGCAGAAGGAUUGUUUUAAAACAGGAAAGUAUAAAAGGAAACAUCUAACAUUUUUAACAUGUACACCAAUAAAACGGUAGCAGCUCUUUUUAAAAGUAUUUUCCAGAAAAUCACACUGAUCAUUUACCCAGGGUUUUUAAACAAAUAAAUAAAUAUUUUGAAUUUUUAGUAGUUUUAGUAUGAAGUUUUGAAUCAAGUGAGAUUGUCAAAUGUUUGUACAGUUCUAUUUGAACAGAUCUGUUGCCAAAUAGUGGAUGGCAUGGUAACUCAGCCACCAGAGGGCAGAAUGACUCCAACUGCAAGGCUGUUACAGUGGGUAAAUUAGUGUACAUACAAAAGAUUUAGCAGAGAGAGAGAGUGUGGUUGGUUUAAUGUCCUCAUUGUAGUUCUGUGGGCAUAGAAGCAUAAUAGAUGCGGCAUCAUUUGAGUCCCAAUCGCAACAAACCUUGUCCUUCAGUCAUCUGUAAUGAAAUGGAAUAAUAACUUGACAGUAUUGUAGAACAAUGUAUAAUUAAGGUUUCGUAUCUAGGUACUUCCAUGGUGGAUUUCAAAUUCAGUUCAAAGUCAAUAGGUUUUAUAUUUUGUGUCUCCGAUUUGGUUUUGCUAGUAAUCCUGUAAAUUGUACAUUUUCAAUAUUAAAGUUUUCUUUUUGUACAAUUUAAAAGAUGAUGCUUCACCUUUUCCUUUAAUAAACUGUUCUAAAACUG